ACCCCGUCUCUAGUUUUCACCGCGCCUCCUCCUCUCUUCCUUUACCUAAGAAAAAAUGCAGCCCCGCACUCGUGCCUCAACCAACCUAAGAGAGACUGAGCUCCUUAGGGCUGAGGCAUUCAGGGAGGCUCUUCGGCCUCCCACCCAUGCUGAGCUUGACCAUCUCAACGCCACUGAGAGAUCUUCUACGAGGACUGGACUUGAUGCCACCGACUGGAGAUGCUGGAAGUGUAGGAGCCUCUAUGGACCGAUCAAGAAUCUGUUUAUUGAUCUUCCUUGGCCGAUUUGCACUAGACCUGGAUGUGGCACGCGGAAUCCUGCUUUUUUCGAGUUCAAGCUCACCAGCAUGGUUUUUUGUCGUGUCAGUUUGAACAUGCCUGUCUACGACCAGGGGCAUAGACCAUCCUGCGCCAUCUACGCCGCCGCCACAGUGGCGCUUAUGAAGACCAAGAUUGAAUGGGCUCGUGCUCCUCAUAACCCCACCUGCACCAUAAGCAUUGACAUGGAACGGCUUGUGGACAAUUUCUUUGAAUAUUAUUUUCAUGACCUGACUAGAUCAGCUGGGACAUGGAUUGAGUUAGCCAUGAGGUAUCUUGUGGUGGUCGGUGCACCAGUGUUGUAUCUUGUCAACCCACCACGCCAGCCUAAUCCGGCAAACAACAUUAUGAUAGAUUCCUACUUCUGUGUAGACCACACCGACCAUUGUCUUGUCACUAGAUUGCUAGCCUCAGGUAUCCCUCUUACGGGAAGAAUUGUCUCUGGUCGAAGAAUGGAUUUCGCCACAUGUGGCGAGAUCUACUUGCCUCCACCGCGCGGAUUAGCUGACGACGAUCACCACUUUGUCACCUUGAUUGGCGCCGGUUUGCGUCAGAGGAGUGACGGCGUUUUCGAGAUCUGCUAUGCGGUCCGGGACUCCCACAGCAUCUAUGUCCACCCCAACAGCCAGCUUGGGUUUGAGCAGCGUCGUGGAGCUUUAGGAGGCGACUUUCAGGUGUAUGCGCGGGAUGUUGACGCGAUUUGGGGUGUCAACUUAGGAUGAAAGGCCAUGCGCGAGUUCAUUCCGUGAUGCAAGACUUGUUAACCAGGCAGUGCUACCUAUUUACUAUUACUGUUGGACUUCUAUCUGUGUGUUUUAUUUGUUGUACUGUCAGACUAUUUUAUUUAUCUUGUAAUAAUCUGUUGUAAAAGACCAUUAAGUAGAACCUUGUAAUAAUCUGUUGUAAAAGAUCAUUAAGUAGAACCCGUGCUUCAAUAAUUAGUGGAAUUUGUGUGA